AUGGUUCGAAUGGCAAACAACGACUAUCGUGGGCCAGACAUCUUGGGCAUGCAGGAAUUCUUCCGUGGCCCUCCUACGAUGAACAUGUCAAGCGCGGCGAUGAACCAAAUACAACGCGACUCAGUCAAGAAUGUCAUAAUAGGCUUCAAGACCGACACCACUAAGGGAAAGCAUGAUGCGAACUUACAUACCGAUCACCUCGAGCCGGGCAGGUAUAUCGCAGAGAAGCGCAGCGGCUACAUCCUACCAACGUUCGACGACCUCUUGCGUGGCCUCCAUCAUCUACCGUCUGGUCUCGAUGCUCGCGGCCUCACAGAGUGUUUGAGGUGGUAUCUCGAGUUCCGCAACUCUUUUACGCCUAAACUUGACUUGAAUGUCCUCUAUACUCAAGCUCUAAUCCGUGCCCUUCGUAUCCCUUUGAAGCGAUUCGGUCCCCAAAAUCUAGACUGCAAUGCGCUUGAAGAGUGGAAGGUAUGGGGGAAAUUCGAAGAACGAAAGGUAUUUUACGAAUCAGCGAAGCCAGCAUCAGCCAAGAUCAACAAUACGGGGCAGAAAAGGUCGCAACUUCACAUGAAUCUGGAUGACCACGAAGUCAAACUUAAUAUCCAGCUGCCACUCCGUCACAUCCUCGUCUUCCCUUUUCUUGCGCUACACGGUGUUGUAGGUGAAGCGCUCAAGCUUGGGAUCGAGAAAGCCGAGAACCGCAAGGCCGAAAGGAAGAGCGCAGAAGGACGAAGGAUGUUGGAAGCCAGGUGGGCUACCAAAUCAGCUAGUGAUACUGGUUUAGGAGCGAAUAACCAAGAGAUGAACGCUGAACAAGCACAGAAGAUGGUGGUGGCGCCCGAACCAGCCGUGAAAGCAGAGGGAAAGACAAAGCAAUCUUAUUUUAUUCCAGAACGCGUCCUUACGACCGAAGCACUACGUUCUCUUGCGCCAGCACCGAAGAAACCUCUGACUGCACCGCCAGCAGAUGGAGGACCACUCGGUCACCGCGGACCGCCUGGACCACUAGUUGCAGUGCUAUCGGCACAAGCUUCUGCUAGACAGCCUUCCAUGCCACCUGUAUCUACGCAUCUCGACAGGCCUCAGGGUGUACAGGCACCGUCCCCUGCAUAUGCGCCUCAUUCAGCAUAUGGACGGAGGGGGUAUGAGUCGACAAGGCCGACAGAUCAGCGUGAUAAGAGGGGAGGUAGUGGUGGUGCGAGAUACUAUUAG